AUGACAAAAUUAAUUUUCUUGAAUCUAAUUUUCUACUUAACAGUGAUACAAUCGAAUUUUCAUGUUCAUGGAAACGACAUUACUUGUGCAGAUCAUUUCACUGAUAAUACAAUAAAAAAUACUUUUCCGAAAAACUUUAUUUUUGGAGUAUCAACAUCGGCUUAUCAAAUUGAAGGAGCUUGGAAUGUCAACCAUAAAGGCGAAUCUAUUUGGGAUACAAUGACACAUGAAAGGCCAGAUAAGAUUGCUGAUGGGAGUAAUGGUGACAUUGCUGAUAAUUCGUACUACUUGUACAAAACGGACAUCGACCUUGUCAAGCAACUUGGAGCAAGUGCAUACAGAAUAUCUAUAUCAUGGACAAGAAUUUUGCCUAAUGGCACCAGCAAUUACAUCAACAAGGACGGUAUCGAUUACUACAAUAAUGUAAUCAAUGAAAUGCUUGAUAGAAAUAUCACACCUUAUGUUACAAUUUUUCACUGGGAUUUACCACAAAAAUUACAAGAUUUAGGAGGAUGGACUAAUCCUAAAAUUGUUGAUUGGUUUGUCGAUUAUGCCAGAGUUUUAUUUCAAGAAUUUGGAGACAGGGUAAGUACUGUCGGAAUUGUGGUGGCAAUGAUGGUAGAAGUUCCAGAAAACGCGUCUGAUCCUGAAGAAUUAGCGGGAUCUAAAUUCUCCUGGGAUUUCUGGAACGGCUGGAUUAUAAAUCCUAUUUUCUCUAAUGAUGGAGACUAUCCCAAGGCUAUGAAAGAUAGAAUUGCUGAGUACAGUGCCAUUCAGGGCUUUUCUAAGUCGAGGCUACCAGAAUUCAACCCAGAACAGAUUCAAUUGGUGAAAAAUUCAGCUGAUUAUUUUGGAUUUAAUUUCUACUCAGCUUUUUAUAUAGAAAAAAUGAAAAAUUAUGAUAUUAGAAGUAGCGUUUCUAGAGAUAGAGACGUUGGAAUGACUAUGAGCUUAAAGAAAUUCCCCAAAGAUCGGAAUACUCCAUGGGCAAUGGCAGAAUCACUGAAACGUAUAAAUGAAAACUAUAAUAUUCCUUAUUUUCUCAUAACUGAAAACGGCUACUGGGAUAAAGGGACGUUGUAUGAUACAGAUAGAGCUCAGUACUAUUUAGAUCACCUUCAAGUGGUUUCAAAUCUUAUAAAUCAAGGUUUAGAUAUUCGCGGGUAUUUUGCUUGGUCUCUUCUCGACAAUUUCGAAUGGUGGCAAGCAAUACAAUCGAAUUUUCAUGUACACGGAAACGAUAUUACUUGUGAAAAUAAUUUCACUAAUAAAAUAUCAGAAAAUACUUUUCCAGAUGACUUUAUUUUUGGAGUAGGAAGUUCGGCUUAUCAAAUCGAAGGAGCUUGGAAUGUCAACAAUAGGAGCGAAUCUAUUUGGGAUACAAUGGCACAUUUAAAGCCAAGUAAGAUUUUUGAUGGAAGUAAUGGUGACGUUGCUGAUAAUUCGUACUACUUGUACAAAACGGACAUCGACCUUGUCAAGCAACUUGAAGCAAAUGCUUAUAGAAUAUCUAUAUCAUGGACAAGAGUUUUGCCUGAUGGCACCAGCAAUUACGUCAACAAGGACGGUAUCGAUUACUACAAUAAUGUGAUCAAUUAUAUGCUUACUAAAAACAUCACACCUCAUGUUACAAUUUUCCACUGGGAUUUACCACAAAAAUUUCAAGAUUUGGGAGGAUGGACCAAUCCUAAAAUUAUUGAUUGGUUUGUCGAUUAUGCCAGAGUCCUAUUUCAAGAAUUUGGAGACAGGGUUCAAUAUUGGACAACCUUUAAUGAGCCAAACAUAUUUUGCCGGCUUGGUUACAAUGGGAUUUUAGCUCCGGGAUUAAAGGAAUCUGGUCGAUCAGAUUAUAUUUGCGGUCAUCACGCAUUACUUGCUCAUGCUAAAACAUAUAGAAUGUAUAAAGAAGAAUUUUACGAAGCUCAAAAAGGCGCUGUCGGAAUAGUAGUCUCGGCUAUGUUACCAGUUGCAGAAGACGCGACUGAUCCUGAAGAAGUAGAAGGAGUUAAAUUGUCCUGGGAUUUUCGGAACGGCUGGAUUAUAAAUCCUAUUUUCUCUAAUGAUGGAGACUAUCCCAAGACUAUGAAAAAAAGAAUUGCUGAGUACAGUGCCAUCCAGGGCUUUUCUCAGUCAAGGCUACCAGAAUUCACCCCAGAACAGAUUCAAUUGGUGAAAAAUUCAGCUGAUUAUUUUGGAUUUAAUUUCUACUCAGCUGGUUAUUUUAAAAAAAUAGAAAAUCACAAUAUAAAUAGUAGCGUUUCUGCAGAUAGAGACGUAGGAAUGACCUCUAGCUCAAAAAAAUUUUCUAAGGAUCGGAAUACUCCAUGGGCGAUGACAGAAUCACUGAGGCGUAUAAAUAAAGACUAUAAUGUUCCUUAUUUUCUCAUAACUGAAAACGGCUAUUGGGAUGAAGGGACGUUGGAUGACACAGAUAGAGCUCAGUACUAUCUAGAUCACCUUCGAGAGGUUUCAAAACUUAUAAAUCAAGGUUUCGACAUUCGUGGAUAUUUUGCUUGGUCACUUCUCGAUAAUUUCGAAUGGGUGUUUGGUUACAUGCAAAAGUAUGGAUUAUUCGCAGUUAAUUACACAGACCCGAAUCGCCAAAGGACACCGAAAUUUUCGACUAAAAUAAUAACUAAAAUUUAUAAAACGAAAACUGUACCUUCGUCUAUUUACGAUAGUAAUGAGCAAAGCCAGAACAAAACUAAGAAUGUUUGGUCUUGGUCUUGGUCAUACUCAAAUACUUCUAGUUGUUUUCUUGGUUUUAUUUUUACAAUUUUUUUAACAAAUAAAUUGUAG